GUAGCCUGAGACGCAAAAAGAGAAGUGAAAGAGGAGCUUGUGGAUCAACAGGCAUUCUGACAAUUUUGUUGCGUCCUGUGCCUCACACUUGGAUUUGUGGAAGCUCUAUGAAGAAUGGAAGUGACUCCGGUUACUUUCCAGUCAGGACAACUUGCUGUCAUGUGGAUGUACUUCAGCUGCCUUUUGUUGUUGAUGCUCUAAACAUGGCAAGUCUCUCAGCACGGAGCCCGGGGAAGCUGUCUGCAGAGGAUUAUCAGCACCAAAAAAUGGAAAAACUUUAUGUGUGAAAGAGGAGAAACUCCAGCAAAGAUGAAUCCAGAAUCUCUGGACUCGUCCAUCCAGAGCGCCCUCUCGGCCCUCUUUCCGCCUUUUGAUGCCACGGCGCCCAUUGUCCUUAGCCAGCUGUUUCGCACUAUUGAGGAACGUUACCACGGUGAUGCGUUACAGUGCCUGCUGGACUUCCUCAUCCCCUCCAAACACCUGCUGGAGAGUGUGCAACAGGCAGCAUGUGCUGGAUUCUCUGAUGUGGUUUUCCGCUGUGAAGGCUGGCCCCUUUGUCUCCAUGACAAAACUGUCAUCCAGUUGGCUCCUGUGAACCCUCUGCUGCUGCGUCCUGGAGAUUUUUAUCUGCAGGUGGAACCUUUCGGGGACCAAGCCGCUCGCAUCGUCCUCAAAAGUCUUCUGGAGGAGGGCUGUCGAGAAGUGGAGGAGACUCCAGUCCCUGAGACUUCCUACCCGUGCAUUUUCACCGAAGAAUGGCUGCAGGACCUCAAUGAAGGGCGGCGUGGGACUCCUCUGUCACGCUGCUUACUUUGCACUGAUCAAGGAGUGAUCAAGUUAGCCUGGGCUGAAAUCGCCAUCCCUGAGUUCUUAGACAAGCCUAAAAUGAUACGCGCAUAUCGGGAAGCUCCUCCUGAACCGAAACAGACUUCAGUUCCUUCCCAUUUCAACUCCUCCACCCUCCCAGUGGAAACCAUUUUUCUUCCCUCGAAAGACAGGAUGUCUGAUUCUUUGAGACCUGCAGGCUCUUCUUCCAAACUCAUCAAAAUGGACCAGGCAAGACGACUUCCAAAGUCCUGCUCCAAACCUUUAAUCAAACCAGUGGGUUGGGUUUCUCCCAACACCUGGGACAGACCCAGCUAUCGAGAGAUCGAAGGGGAUUAUGUAGACCUGGUGGAUGUCGCCAAAGAGAAGGACCAACCAAUUCCACCAACCGCAGUUUCAUUCAAACCAGUCAGACCUCCUCCACCUGUACCACUUGGGAAUCCCUUUGGACUCACGCUGCAGUUUGCAGAGGGGCCAUGUAUACCGUGCUGCCAGAAACAGCUGGGGCAUGAGCACACUGAGGAAGACUUGAAGUGUCGCUAUAGGGACUCGUAUGUAGCAGCACUGAGAAACCCAGUCCCUUUUGAAAGAGGGAGUGUAGACCUCCUGACUGCCCUGGAGGAGGUUGGACUUGGAGAAGAGGUAGAAAAAAUGUCUAAGGGUGCAUUUGAUGCGAAAAAACAUGAACUUGGAAACCUUUGUAAUCCCUGUAACAAACCCAUGAUGAGUGAUGAGCUCUGCCAAUACAGACACAAGCGUGAAAUUAAACCAGAAAUCCCUGCACACCAUCUCAAAGACCCACUUCCUACAGGUUGUGAACCGCAAAACCUAAUGAAGGAACCACCCGUGGUCUUAAAAUCCACACCUGGUUUGAGCUACAGUCAGAAACUUCAGAUGAAACUUAUCUCCCACAAAUCAGGAUAUAACCCUACUGCACAUCCAGUGUCAGAAGAGUUUUUGGUGAACUGUCAUGGCGACCUUAAGCCAAAUGAAAAUGUAGAGGUUGUGAAGCCAUCAGGGAAACACAAAGUAAAGGUCAGGUCUCUGUCCACAGUGUCAGAAACCUCUAAAGGGAGUCCACCUCUCUACAAGCUUAACAACAGGAGCAACAGUGAUAUCUGCCCUGAAACAAUCAGCAGCAUGAUGCAAUGUAAGAGAGGGGAAAUGUUGGAUCAGGUGACUCAGAAGCUGGACCGGAGGAAGUCUCCUAAAAAAGACUCUCAGUCAUGUAGGAGUGAUACUCCCCCCACUACAGAUGGACCGGACUCACAGCUCCAUAAUUCGAAGACAGAAAAACCAUCUUCUCCAGCAGUUCGAAAUCUGUCUGCAAGUUCUGACUCGACACACUCCCUACAAACAGAACAAUCGAGUUUCAGCCACAUCAGUGGUCUGCUUGAACUGGGCAUUGUUUGUCUGCCAGGCAGCAGGGACAGGACAGGCAGGGCAGUGGUGGAGGUCCAUGCUGGAAGACAGGAGUGGAAAUCCCCUCUUGUGUCUGCCCAGAGUCUUUGUGAACUACUGCUCUACUUACACUCCAUACUAAGGAAAGAAGUUCAAGAAUUGGGAAUGACGUUGGUCAUCAAUGCCAGGAAAAAGCCUCCCUCACUUCAUUUCUACAAAGCUCUGCUGAUGGCCCAGGAGCAAGCUCUCCAUGCUGUCCACAGUCUCGUGAUGCUGGUAGAUAAAGACACUUGUCCUCGACCUGAAAAACAGCCAGGGUUACAGAUGGACACGGUGUCAUCCAUGAAAGCCCUCAACAAGACAGUGGAGGCCUCACAGCUGACCUCUGACCUGGGAGGGACCUUCACUUACAGUCACACAGAUUGGCUGCAGUUCCAUCAGAGGCUGCUGUCUUUCAUGACUGACCUGCGGGGGGCAGACUACUUGUUGCAGAAGGCCAUCAAGAAGGUGGAUGGCAGCAAAACAAUGGACUCUCCACAGGAGGUGCAGCAGUGCAUCCAUGAACAGAGGGCCUCGAUGAAAGAGGUGCUGGAAGACACUCGACUGGUCACUCUGCAGAGGGAGGGAGGGGCUUUGCUCGCCAGAAUGAGAAAAGAGGAGUUCAGGUUCCCACAGUCUGAAGACUACAGAGAUGCUCUGGAGGCAGUGACCAGUCUGUAUAACCAGGUGGAGGAGAAGCUUCACACACUGGUGAUGAGAUCAAACGAGUCUCUGCAGCAGCUGGAGUUCCUCUUCAGACUCAGAGAUACGGAGGCUAAAAUGAGCACGACGGGGAUGUGGUUUAAUACGGAGGGCGAGCAGAGACUAAAGGACUCUUACGCAACAGGCGAUACCCUGGUGUGCACUGAAAAGGCCUUGCAGCAGUUUGAUCUGUUUCUUAAAGAGUCUAAGGAGAAGCAGCAGCAAGCCUUGACCCUAGUGACGCAGGCAGAGGGAAUAGUCGCCCUAAGUGAUUCCAGUCCUGCAGUAGAUAUUUUUCGGACCCUGGCUUCUGCUCUGGCCAAAGAAUGCAGUAGUUUUCUGGAGAAGGUAGCCGGGUGUUACUCCGCUCAGACCCUGAGCACACUCCAGAUGUAUGAGGAGAGAUUAGGUGAUGAAUUCUCCACCCCACACUUCCAGGCAGUGAAAGCGCAGGCCGCUGCCGUGGGAUCAGGGGCGUCAUGGGGGAUAAGAGUGUGGAAUGCAGCCUGGGUGUUACGCCAAGAAGUCAGACGGCGUCUUGAGGAGAUGCAGAAGAAUGAGAAAGGCGUAGAUAAAAACCAGAUCCAACAGAGCACAGCUGUAAAUCCUCAAGGGAAAGAUGGGGGCGCUGAGAAGAUGGAGAAAAGGAGAGAGGUGGGGGAGGAUGAAAGCUCUGUGACCGAGCAGCUAACUUCUCAGACAGGGGCAGAUGUCUCAGAUAGAGAAGGAAUGACCACUACUGCUGAACCAAUCCACCACUGUUUAAAACCUGACUCAACAUGGAGUGGAGAAGAAGAAUCCCAAACACAAAAAUCACCCAAAUCACUGGUUAAAAAGGAUCAAAUGUCUCCUAUUACUCCACAAACAAACCACUGGAGUCCAGAUACCAAACAGAGGCCAAGAGAGCACCUCAGCGAGGCAGAUCUGAGGAGUGCAGACCCGGCUGAAGGGGGCAAUGAUUUUCCAAAACACCAACCUUUGGGUCGUUCCCGGAGCGAGGGCUCGUGUGUGAGCUCUCACUUGUCGAUUCUUUCUGGCUUUUUACCUUUGAAUGUGAGACACAAACACUGUCAGAUCAAGGCACCACCGCUGGAACCAAAUCUGCAGCUCGUCCAAAAUCUGCCCGUUUCCCAGAACGAGAGUUUACCGUCAGGAAACCUGAGCUGGGAGUCAAAAAGAGACAGCAGUGAGGCGGGUGACGGAUGUAAAGACUCCAACCGGGGCCCUAAAGACUUCAAGUCCCGAGAGACAUUACUCACACCAACAGAGAACAAUGGCGACAAUGUUUUGAAACUGCGGAGGAUCAUGGAGGAGCUGCUGUCCACAGAGAGGGAGUACGUGAAGGCUCUGGGUUACAUUCGAGAGCACUACUUCCCCGAGUUGGAGAGGGCCGACGUUCCUCAGGACCUCAGGGGCCAGAGGGGGAGCAUCUUCGGUAACUUAGAAAAACUCCAUGACUUUCACCGGCAUCAUUUCCUGAACGAGUUGGAGAGCAGUGUGAACGAACCCUUCAGGGUGGGACGCUGCUUUCUGAGACAUAAGGAGAACUUCGCUUUGUAUGCCCUUUACAGCAAGAACAAACCGCAGUCUGACUGUCUUCUCAUCAAUCAUGGACAGGCUUUCUUCAAGCAAAAGCAGCAGAUGCUGGGGGACAAGAUGGAUCUGUGCUCGUAUCUGCUGAAGCCUGUGCAGCGGAUCAGUAAGUACAGCCUGCUGCUGCAUGACAUGAUGAGAGAGUGUGGACCGGGACAAACCAGAGAGCUGGCUGAGGUCAAGGCCGCUCUGGAGGUCAUCCAUUUCCAGCUUCGCCAUGGCAACAACCUACUAGCAAUGGACGCCAUCCGCCAGUGUGAUGUGAACUUGAAGGAGCAGGGUCAAGUCAUACGUCAGGACGAGUUCUUGGUAACGUUCAGGAAGAAAAAAUGUUUCCGCCACAUUUUCCUCUUUCAAGAACUCAUCCUCUUUAGCAAGACCAGGAGGACAGAUGUAGGAAAUGACACCUAUAUCUACAAACAGUCAUUCAAGACAUCAGAUGUAGGCAUGACCCAAAACAGCGGUGACAGCGGCCUGUGCUUUGAGAUCUGGUUCAGGAAGAGGAAAACACAGGACACAUACACGCUUCAGGCCGUUAGCCGAGAGGUGAAGGAGGCCUGGACCAAAGACCUGGAGCGGAUCCUGUGGGAGCAGGCAGUACACAACAGAGAGGUCCGUAUGCAGGAGAGAGUCUUCAUGGGUAUUGGGAACAAGCCUUUCAUGGAUAUCCAGCCCAGUGAUGCAGCGAUCCAUGACAGAGCCGUCAACUAUGUUCAAAUGGGAAGAGAAAACAAGAUGCAGCCCACUGCAGGAUCAUGUAGUUCACAGGAUAAGCUUCUUGGCGGACGACCGAUAUCUGUUGGUUCAGUGAGCACUUCCUCUUCCUCUUCUUCCUCUGGGAGGGGUUCCCUGUCCCAUGUGGGAUACCUGUGUGAGUCAAAGAGGAGGGUUGUGUCAGGGGGCCUGGGAGGAUACAGAGCACCUCCUGGAGUUUUGGAGGAGGACGACCUGGACCAUGAGAGUGGGACUCACAACUUACUGUUGGACAGCUCUGAGUCGUCAGGAGAGAGUGUAAGCAACUUCAGCAGCUCCAGUCACAGCUACCACUCUGCUGCAGGAGGAGAGGUGGAGGACGCCUCCUCCCUCUGUGUCUCCACGAUCACUGUGAAGGAGGCAGCAGCUGCUCGAGCAGCUGAAGUCAUCCACAAACCAAGAGUGAGGGCAGGAUCCCCAGAAAAAACCCCACCACCAGUUGCACCCAAACCCAAACCACAGCACCAGACCAAGGCUGUGCCCUGUGGCAAGGUUCAGAACACGAGUGUUGGAAAAUCCACUGAAGUUUGACCUGUGAGAUACGGUACAAUAUUUUGAGGCUCCUGAGCGGUCUUUUGGUGCCACCAUUGAAGAUCCAACCAGCUGUUACUGUAAUCCAUUUCCACUCUGUAAAUAGAUGUUCUGUUUAAACUCACCACUUAAACAAUAGGUCGGAAACAUUUCUAUAACUGUACUGUACUUUGAACUUAUACUUGUGUUGAGUUUGUGUGUGCAUACCUGAUGUGGCUUAUUGUCGAGAAUACUCACAGCUCAUGCACAGGAUUCUAGAGACACUCCAGACUGUAAUUCAUAACCUAAUGCUAAAUGUUAAAGUGGUUAUAGAAUGGUGCUAAAGAAAACAAGCAGACUUUAAUAACUUCACCUGAUCCCAAAGGAGUUUCAUCAUGUCUUGUCACGGUCUGUGAAGAGUUUGCUUUUAAACGAUAAACACCAUAAUGCCAUCUUUUAUGUCGUAAACAUGUUGCCUUUUCUUCAGAUUUGUAAAACAUAAUAACAAUGUAUGUCUUACUUAUUACCUCUAAAAUGAAACACAUUCUUUCUUUUAAUUAACCGUUGUGUACAGAUUAAUAUGCUUACUGGUAUGCAGAUACUGAUCCACAUAACAGUUGUUUGGAUUUAUAUUUCAAAUACAGAAUAUUUGAAGUGA